UUCUCGACAAAAAGCAACAAUCUAGACGUAGAAUCCUCCAUUGAUUACUUUGUUGUUUCUCGAUUCGGGUGUGGUAAAUUUGCAAAUUUCAUAUCAAUCCAAAUCUAUCGAAAAUGAGUGACCGAAAGAAGCGAGUUUCAACGAACCCAAAACAAAAACAGCCUCCGGGAACGGUUUCGGCCACGAAUCUGUCCAAAGCCAGCAGCACCUAUCCCAGCUACAGCAGAUUCCAACUGACCUAUCCCGUCGUCUGUCGUCAACGAUAUCACCGUGACAAACUGCGCUACAACAAACAGUUCCAGUACGAGUUGAAAAUGCUGGAGCUGAUGCAAAACUCGGCCUACGACUCGAUGCGUUUCCAUAGACACGUGGCAAUAACCACGCUGUGGCCUCCGUUGCACACCAAGAAGGAAAUCGAUUUUGUGCUGGAUAAGUUCUUCCGGCUGCCGGAUAAGCAACAGAGGCGACUGCACGAAAUCAUGAAUGCUCCCGUCCACUAGGAAAGACGAAGAUUUGAUGGAUUAAAUCACAGUUAAAUGUUACAAGGUUGAGAUGGAUUUCUUUCUUGUUGAUUCAAAUCAAAGAUAUAGUAGUAAAUCUGUUGGCCGUAGAUGGUUUAUA